UCCACCCUCAGCCGGAAGUGAGCGGACUCCAGGGAAAGUGAGCGAAUAAUCAAAACAAACCACUCUGAACCCACAGAACCACCGCCUCCCCGGCUACUCAGUGUAACGGUAACGGGCUUCAGUAUCGCCACCAUGGACGGUAUACCCGCGCCACUGCGGUGCUUCGGUGAGCGACACUCCGCACAGAUGUUCUCGGAUGACGGCGUGAACACGGUGACUUCUCGGGAGCAGAAAAAGGUGGAAUCCACCAUUGAAGAGGUCCUGAGUGUUUACAAGCAAAUACACAGUUUACCGCAGCCGACGUUGUUGCGGGAGCAGCACUACCAGUAUCUCAAGAAGGGCUUACGCCAUUUAUCCGACGCCUAUGAGUGUCUGGACGCCAGCAGACCAUGGCUUUGCUUCUGGAUUCUUCACAGUCUGGAGUUACUAGAGGAGCCUGUUCCCUCUGCUGUCGCCUCAGACGUGUGUCAGUUCUUGGCUUGCUGUCAGAGUAAGACGGGCGGCUUCGCCGGGGGACCGGGACAGCACGCCCACCUGGCGCCAACCUACGCCGCCGUCAACGCCCUCUGCAUCAUCGGCACAGAAGAGGCCUACAAUGUUAUAGACAGGGAGAAGCUCCUGGACUUCCUGUGGUCAGUGAAGCAGCCAGACGGCUCGUUUGUGAUGCACGUUGGCGGCGAGGUGGACGUCAGGAGCGCGUACUGCGCCGCCUCUGUAGCGUCGCUCACAAACAUCCUCACGCCGAAGCUGUUUGAGGACACGACCAACUGGAUCCUCAGGUGUCAGAACUGGGAGGGCGGUCUGAGUGGAGUGCCAGGAUUAGAGGCCCACGGUGGCUACACGUUCUGUGGCACGGCGGCGCUCGUCAUCCUGGGGAAUGAACACGUGCUGGAUCUCAAAGCUUUGCUGCGGUGGGUGGUGAGCAGACAGAUGAGGUUCGAGGGAGGUUUCCAGGGUCGCUGUAACAAACUGGUGGACGGCUGCUACUCCUUCUGGCAGGCUGGACUCCUGCCUCUGCUCCACAGAGCCUUGUUCAAAAAAGGAGAGUCUGAGCUGAGUCGGCAGCGGUGGAUGUUUGAGCAGCAGGCUUUGCAGGAAUACAUUCUCCUCUGCUGUCAGAACCCGACAGGAGGCCUCCUGGAUAAACCUGGCAAAUCCAGAGAUUUCUACCACACGUGUUACUGCCUGAGCGGCCUCUCCAUCGCUCAGCACUUUGGGAACAUGGACCUCCAUCAUGAGAUGAUCCUCGGCACGGAGGAGAACAGACUGGCUCCAACUCAUCCCGUUUACAACAUCUGUCCUGACAAUGUGGCUCGGGCUCUGCAGCACUUUCACCGCCUUCCUGUCCCCGAGGACAACAGGCAGAGGACGGGAGCGUCUGCGUCCACCGCCGCCUCAGGAUCAGCUGACCCUCAGUCCUAGUUCGUCCUCGGAGGUGACGACGUCACUGAACGUGAAGCAGCCGACUCCAGGGAGCGGGACUCGAGACCAGGAAAAACGGCUCAGGCGUGAGGUGGACGAGCCCGGGAACCACUGUUGAGAACCCCCGGGCAGACGCGAGGGCCAGAGCUGAAGAGUCCUCCCUCCUUGUCUCUGACGGUUGUGUGCGAGCAGCUUCACAUGCGGCUAGAUUUGUUUUUUGUUUUGCUUGCGAUGCCUGUCGUGGUUUAGAUUCUCUGAAAUGAAAGUGAAACUGCUCAAGGUUUCGCUCUGACUGACGUUAAUAAAACUUUAUAUAGCACUUGUCA